UUAUGAAAGGUCCUAUUAUCCAUUGUGUUUUGCGGUGGAAGAAAGAAAAACUCACUCAUAAAUCAUAAUAAAACCCUUUUCACCGUUUCUUCAUCUCUCUACUUUCACAACCUCCCGUUUCAUAAUUGGAAUGAAAAGUAAAAAAUAAAAAAUCACUUUCACUUCUCUUCCGUUUCACCCUCUUUUUUUUUUAUGCAAAAUGGCCUAAUUCCCUCUUAUCUGUUAUCCUACAAUACACUUUUCAGUAUCUGCUUCCAUUCCAUUUCUUCCUUCAGGGUUGUCAGAACUUGGAAUUGCUCUGCGACAAACUUGCUAUAUCAUGUGGGUAGUUUAUGAGCGCAUGUUUGUGCCAGAGGAUAUGUAAUGUAACGAUAAGUUUUAAGUUUUAACAACAUGGAUAAAGAAUUGGAGGUUGGUGGAUGUGUGCAACAUCAAAGCAAAGAUGAUGGACAUUCACUAAACCCUCAAUUCCCCAAAACAUUAAAACCCCAAGAAUAUAGUGACCUUCCACUAGGUAAGAAUGUGCUUGAAGCCAUCAGCCAUGUUGCCGUGCGGGAGCAUCUGCAUCCAAGUCUCUUUUCGGAUGAUGCUGGUGGCAUGGUUGAAGAAUUAAAGGUGAAAAGUUACAACGGUACUAACCUGGUUAUUGGUACUUCCAACAAUCCAGAGCUUUUGCAUAAUAGUCAGAGUCGAUGGCGGCAUAAUUAUCAGCUGGUUGGUGAUUCAGGCAUGGGAAGUGAUUGCAUAAUAGCCAGAAAUAGUCUUCAAGCUACAUCUAGUGCUUGGGGGGAUAUAUUGGCUAGAAGAUCAGUCAAUGAUGAUCAGGGUGAUGUCAUGCAGCACUUGUCCAGUGAUGUGCAUAAAGCUGCACUUAAAGAGGAUGAAGGUGAUGCUCGUGAAGGAAUACAAACAAAAAUUACAGAUAAACCAGGAUUUGCAGAGUACCUUAUUAGAAGUACAUCGAAGGGAAAGGGUAUUGUAUGUAAAGGUCCAUCUUCUAAUGCAUUAUUGGGCUAUGGUUCAAAGACUGCAAAGUCUCCUCAUAAUGCUACAGUGCCAGGAUCCGGUGAGUCUGACUGUGAUGGUGUGACUUUGAGAGAAUGGUUGAAAUCUAGGCACCACAAAGGGAGCAAAACGGAGCAUUUAAGCAUAUUCAGAAAAAUUGUGGAUUUGGUGGAUGGUUUUCACUCCCAGGGAAUUGCAAUGCACAAUCUUUACCCUUCUUAUAUUAAAUUGUCACCAUCAAACCAGGUUAUGUACCUUGGGUUGCCUGAUCAGAAUCAGACCUUAUAUAGUGUUGUAAAUUCUGAAGUUCUUCAGCUAGAGAAUUCUUUUAAUAGAAAAAGGCUGUCAGAGAAGGUAAUUUCUCCUCCUAAGUUGCGGUCAAAGAAACAUAAAUUCAAUGAAAAUGUUAGAGUUUCUGGUGAUUGGAGUCAAUGCCCUCCAAGGACCGACUUGUAUCUUCAAAUUGCCAAUGAUAUUAAAAUCAAUGCAGUGGGAUCACAAGAUAUCCAAUAUUCUGAACAUAAUAUUUGGAGAUUGUCUCGCAUCCCUCACAUAUCUAAUGCAGGUCAAUUGCAAUUGACUUCUUUAAAUGAAAGAUUGGAAGAUAAAUGGUAUGCAAGUCCUGAGGGUGGUUGCGCAACAUCAUCAAAUAUCUACUGUCUCGGAGUCCUUUUCUUUGAGUUACUUAAUCAUUUUGAAUCAGAAAAGGCACAUAUUGCUGCAAUGUCUGAUCUUCGCUGUAGGAUCCUUCCUUCAGUUUUCCUAUCAGAGUAUCCUACAGAAGCCGGAUUUUGCCUUUGGAUGUUGCAUCCUGAACCAUCAUCACGUCCAACAAUAAGGGAGAUCCUACAAUCUGAAGUGAUUAAUGGAAUGCAGGAGGUGUACAGUAAGGAAUUAUCAUCAAGUCUUAACCAAGAUGAUGCAGAAUCAGAAUUGCUAUUGGAUUUCCUCAUCUCCCUAAAAGAGAAGCAGCACAUGGAAGCCAACAAAUUGGCAGAAAAAAUCAGAUGCUUGGAAUCAGAUAUAGAAGAGGUGGAGAGGAGACAUGACUUGAGAAAAUCCUUGCUUCCCUCAAGCUUGCAGAACAACUCCUUUUGUCAAAUAGAGAGUGCGUCUCUUCGCAAAGAACCUUCAAGUUCCGAAACAUUACCACCAGUACGUACAAUUUCUAAUGCAAAUGAGCAGAGAUUGAUGAAAAAUAGGUGCCUACUAGAAAAUGCAUACUUUUCCAUGAGAUCCAAAAUUAAACUUCCUGAAACAGACACUGCAAUGCACCUAGAUAAAGAUAUACUGAAAAAUCGUGACAACUGGUGCGUAGCUCAAAAAGACAUGGAACAACAUAAGACGACAGAUACUUUAGGAGCUUUCUUUGACAGUUUGUGCAAGUAUGCACGUUAUAGCAAGUUUAAAUUGCGGGGCACACUAAGAAAUGCUGGUUUUAACAAUCCUGCAAAUGUAAUCUGCUCUAUGAGUUUUGAUAGGGAUGAAGACUAUUUUGCUGCUGCUGGGAUAUCAAGGAAAAUAAACAUUUUUUAUUUCAAUGCACUUUUCAAUGACUCUGUCAAUAUCCAUUAUCCUGUAGUUGAGAUGUCAAACAGAUCAAGGCUCAGUAGUGUUUGCUGGAAUAACUACAUCCAGAACUAUCUUGCCUCCACAGACUAUGAUGGUGUAGUCAAGCUAUGGGAUGCCAAUACAAGCCAAGGGUUUUCUAGAUUCACCGAACAUGAAAAGAGGGCCUGGUCUGUUGAUUUCUCUCUGGUAUGCCCUACUAAAUUUGCCAGCGGGAGUGAUGAUUGUUCUGUGAAGCUGUGGAGUAUCAAUGAGAAGAACAGUUUAGGCACAAUCAGGAACGUUGCUAAUGUCUGUAGCGUCCAGUUCUCUACUCAUUCCUCUCAUUUGCUGGCCUUUGGAUCUGCGGAUUACUCUGCUUAUUGCUAUGAUCUUCGCAAUCUUAGAAGCCCUUGGUGUGUGUUGACUGGCCAUCGUAAAGCUGUAAGCUAUGUCAAAUUCUUGGACUCUGAAACACUUGUUUCAGCAUCAACGGAUAAUACAUUGAAGAUCUGGAAUCUCAAUAAAACCUCUCCUGAGGGUCCAUCUACUAGUGCCUGCAGCUUAACCCUGUCAGGCCAUACUAAUGAGAAGAAUUUUGUGGGUUUAUCAGUUGCUGAUGGAUAUAUAGCAUGUGGUUCAGAAACAAAUGAGGUUUAUGCCUACUAUAAAUCUCUUCCCAUGCCAGUGACUUCUCACAAGUUUGGCACCAUUGAUCCUAUUUCUGGUAAAGAGACAGAUGAUGACAAUGGUCAGUUUGUUUCAAGUGUGUGCUGGAGAGGGAAAUCGGACAUGGUUGUUGCAGCCAAUUCAAGUGGAUGUAUAAAAGUUCUACAGAUGGUUUGAGCGAAAGCUUGCCCUUGAUAACUGCCCCGUUAAAGUUUGUACAGCCAUACAGUUUUACCCGUUUCACUCAAGCUAAUCUCAUCAAUUUUCUUCUAGUGUAUCUAAAAUUCUUUUGACGGCAUAAUUUGAUGAAGGGAUCGGUUUCAAGCAUAAUUGAAUGGAGAAAUAAUCACAAUGUUAAUCCAGACAUUCUGAUAUGGAGUUUGUAUAAAAGACUUGUUAUACAUUAGUCUCGAGGAUCAAUAUGAAAACAAGUAGCAGAUUCAUUACGUGAAAGAUUAACACUUCAAAAUUAUACUCUAUAUAUAUGUACGUAGUGUAAAUUUUAUGUUUGAGCUAGCAAAAUUUGCAGCUUCAAUAACGCCUUCAAAGGAAAGCAUCUUGAAAAUUUCUUUUGUAUUUUCGCCGAUAGUGCGUGUGUAUUUAAAAUUAGCAUUUCCGUGUC